AUGGCAGAGCUCUCUUCAAACUGGAAGAAACUCCAAGCAGAACUCAAGAGCGGUACAUCAUCCAGUCCAUCGUCAUCGAAACGAAAAUUAAAGGCUACUGCGCCAGGACCGGCGCCUAAGAAGCUCAAAGUCCCACCUUUGCCACCAAAAGCCAAGAAGCCAGCACCGCGAACAGCAGCAUCGGAUAAGGAGAAGGGAAAGAGGGCGAAGAGGCCUGGGCCCUGUCCAUCAUCCCGCUCGAUGGGCGGCGUACAGAGCACAGAGACACCCCACCAACAAGGCAAACACGGCGUGUCGCCGUCUCUAGCCCUCUGGGCGGCCGACAAUGGCAUUUCUGCCGAGGCCAUAGCAGAGGCGUACGAUCUGGGUACCAAGGACCCCUCACUGGUGCUAGCCUCGGCAAAGGACAAGGUCAACCACGGGCUCACGGAAGGGUUAGAGGUGGGCAAGUUUGUCGCCAUGGACUGCGAGAUGGUGGGGGUCGGCGAGGGGGGCUACAAGUCCGUACUGGCGCGCGUGAGCUUGGUCGAUUUCCACGGGAAGCAGAUCUAUGACUCGUACGUCAAGCCCAUGGAGAAGGUGACCAACUGGCGAACGGCGGUGAGCGGCAUCACGUCCCGCAACAUGUGGUUCGCCCGCGAGUUCAAGGAGGUCCAACAGGUCGUCGCCGACAUCCUCCAGGGCCGCAUCCUCGUAGGGCAUGACCUCAAACAUGACCUCGACGUUCUCAUGCUGUCGCACCCAUCCGCCAGCAUACGCGACACGGCGAGGUUUGUGGAUUUCAAGAGGUACGGCCACGGCCGCAAACCGGCCCUCAGGACGCUGGCGCAGGAGAUUCUGGGGGUCGAGAUCCAGGCAGGUGCCCACUCGAGUAUCGAGGAUGCCAGGGUUGCCAUGCUGCUGUUUCGGAAGCACAAGUCUGGGUUUGAUGCGGAUCAUGCGAAUCGGUUCGCGUCGAGGCCGGUGGCCGGGGGCCAAGGGAAAGCAAAGGGGAAGAAGAAGCGCAGUGGUUGA